GCGCGCCCGCUCUUUGGGGAAAUUACGGGUGUGCUUUGGUGGACUCGGUCAUGACCGCGUCAGUAGGCUCCCCAGCAGCGGACGAGAGCAUGCAGCGCAGCGGGGGUUCGGGCCAGACGCGCUCCACACAGACGCGGGGGACAGACCUCUGACGGGCGGCCCGCACAUGGGGACAGAGAGCGAGAGCCUGCCGCAGCUCGCAGCGGAGGCUUUCCAGUCCAAGAACUUCGACCUGGCCGUGGACAUCUGCGAGUGCCAACUCGCGGGUCUCGGGGAUCCAGAGAGCCGGCAGGAGCUGAUGGUCCAUCGGGCCGAUGCGCUCGCCUUUGGGGGCAAAUUCGCCGACGCUUUCGAGAUGUACCGACGAGCCUCGGAGAUAGAGAGGCUGAACCCAGUUCUCCUAACCAACCUCAUAGAGUACUUGUCGGCUAGUAUCGGGAGGCAAAACGGAGGCGACGGUCGAAACGGUACAUCGAGGAAAGGAUGCGAGGCAGGGGCCGCGGGGGCAGCCGGGCGCGCAGGGGUCGGUGCCGCGGGCUCCGGGUACGAAGACUUCUCCUGUCGGAUGUGUCUGAGUUUUCUGUUCGAGCCCGUGACUCUGCCGUGCGGACACUGCUUCUGCAAAAAGUGUCUGGAGAGGGAGCGGAAGGAGAAGGGGGUGCCGGUCAUGUGUAAGGAGUGCCGGGACACCUCCCGGGUGGCCGACGUCCAGAGCUACCGGAUCAACGUGGUGCUCAGCAACCUGUUGGCCAAGUGGUUCCCCGCCUUGCACCAGGCCGGCGGGCUGAGGCGGGAGGGCAACGGGCUGUACGCCGAGAAGAAGCUGGAAGCCGCGCUGGAGAAAUACAACCGAGCCGUGAUGAUAGCACCCACAGACCACAUACUGUUCAGUAAUCGCUCCCAGAUCCACUCGGGCCUAAAGCGCUAUGAGAAGGCCCUGAGAGACGCCGAAAUGGCCUGCAGGCUCGUGCCUCACUGGUCCAAGGGUCAUGUUCGUAAGGCCCAGGCCCUGGUGUCUCUGGGCAGGACGGAGGAGGCUCUGAGGGCGUACCUGGUCUGUCUGUCCAUAGAGCCGGACUGUAGACUGGCCAAGGCCGAGGCUCACAGGCUACUCUGCCACCUCCUGGCUCCGGUCAUCGAUCCGGUCCCUGACUACUCCAACGCGCACAUGUCUGUCAGAGCGCAUGUCAAGGACAGCAUCAGCCCCCCCCACCAAAUCUUCUGUCCCAGCCUGUUGUCGCCCGCCCCGGCUCCUGCCUCCGCUCCGCUUGCACCCGAGCGGUUCCAAUCGGGUAAGGUCAAAGGUCAAGGGGAGCCUCGGGUGAGGAGGUUGGACCACUGCUUCCUCCUCAAAAGGAAGCAGAGAAGCACAGAGGGGUCAGAGGAGGAAGAGGAUGGAGGACAGGAGAGGCGAGAUGAUCACAAGAGAGCAAAGUCCGAGCCUGCAGAGGGGACGGACCCGCCCGGCUCUGCGGCCGGGGACGUCUUGGACCCGACAGAUCUGGAUUGUUCCCUGUGUAUGAGACUUUUCUAUGAGCCAGUGACGACGCCGUGCGGUCACACCUUCUGCCUGCGGUGUCUGGAGAGAUGUCUGGACCACAACCCCAAGUGUCCGCUCUGUAAAGAGGAGCUGUCCGAGUACCUGGUCCAGAGGCAGUUCUGUAAGACGGUACUGACGGAGAACCUGAUAUCCAAGUAUCUUCCCUCGGAGCUCAUAGAGAGACAGAAAAUCCACCAGGAUGAAAUGGCCGAGCUCUCGAAUCUUAACAAGAAUGUGCCUAUAUUCGUGUGCACCAUGGCCUUCCCCACGGUCCCGUGCCCGCUCCACAUCUUCGAGCCGUGCUACAGGCUGAUGAUUCGCAGAUGCAUAGAGACGGGAACCAACUGCUUCGGCAUGUGUCUGGAAGACAACCGCAAAGGGUUCGCGGACUACGGGUGCCUGCUGGAGAUCCGCGAUGUGAAGUUCUUCUCCGACGGCCGCUCGGUGGUGAACACCAUCGGCAGACGGAGGUUCAAAGUGGUGCAGCACAGCGAGAGGGACGGAUACAACACGGCCGAUAUCGAGUACCUGGAGGACCGUGAGGUGGACGGUCAGGCGAAGCGCGAGCUGCAUGCACUGCACGACACGGUGUACAACCAGGCCCUGGUGUGGGUCAACUCCUUGAAGACGGAGCAGAAGGAACGCAUUGAGGGACACUUUGGACCCAUGCCCCAGAAAGACUCUGAACCUCAGGACAGUCCAAACGGGCCCUCGUGGUGCUGGUGGCUGCUCGCCGUUCUUCCGUUGGAAGGCAGAGCCCAGCUGCCCUUCCUGGCCCUCACGUCUCUGAAAGAUCGCCUCAGGGGCAUCCGCAAGGUGCUGCUCUUCAUGGCCCACAGCCGACACCGGGGACAUUAACCUUCCACAGUGGGAAAAUGCAGUAACCCGCACACGCACACUCACACACACACACACACACCCUCUUCCAAAGCAGCAGUUGACCUGCUGUUCUUCCUUCUUGACGCAUAAAGGAAACUGACGUUGAUCCCUCUCUGUAGCCACUUCCCAUUCAGAACGCUGCACUGGACUAACCUACGGGUCAGCAGCACAGCACUGAUCUUCCAUUCAUAGCAUUCUCUACAAAGACAGCUGUGCAAACUUGAGCUAUGUUCAGACAGGAAGGAAAUGGGAUUUUAUAAAAACCAUAAACAACCUCAUCGUCUGUGAUAAAAGUACAGUGUUUUUGUCUUAACAACCUGUGUGUGACUCCGCUUGUCCAGGUUCCGCUGCUGCCUUACGGCCUUCCUGCGUUUUUGGAGUUCACGCUCUUCCUCCUCUUGAUAUGACCGGAUCAAAGCCGCCUGUCUGAACAUAGCUUUAACUAAAUCAGCCAAGCUAAGUCCCCACUUUUUAUGUCUUUAAUUGUGCCCAUAAGCUCUGCAAGAGACCAAACAAUGAAUUUGCCUCACUUAAGAUGAAAAUCCGGAUUAUUUAGGAUCAAUUGGUUCGCACAUUACCAAGGGAAGGGUAGAUAUCUACAGUUUACCAUUCUACCCAUCCUCCAUUUAUCUUUAACUUUUUUUUGGCUGAUAUUCCUUCCAUUCUGCCUCUGUGUGACUCACCACAUCAUGCAUCGGACUAACAAAUGACUCGACCUAUUAAAAUGGCGUGCUUCAAGGUUGUUGUGUUCCUGUCAGACUUAGAUUUUGAAAUGUUUUCAUUUUUAUUUAUUUUGGAAUGGUUUAUGCUUGCAGUGACAUUGUUUACAUUUCACAUAAAUAGAUGUUGAGUUGCUUACUUUCCAAAGGCUUUUUUUUUGUUUUUGUAACGUUUAACCCCGAACAUCAGCAAUAAUACCGCGCUGACUGUAGGGUAUUAUUGCUGUAAAAUAAACACUAUUUACGCAAUCAAAAAGCCAGCAUGGCUACCACUGAAAAUUGUCUAGAUCCAACUCUGGAAACUGGAGUUGAGGGCGGAUUCCCUCCUACGCCACAUCUUCACAUUACUGGUGACUCAAGUCAGUGGUUAGCAACUUCUCCGUGGCUGAGACACGUCCAGGUUCCAAGAGAGCAACAUCUGGAUUUCUGAUACCAUUAUGUCCCAUGUAUUUAUUCAUUAUUUAUUCUGACUUUAUUUUGCACUUUUACCAGAAGUAAGGGAAAGAACCGGUGCAAUCAGGCCUCAGGGUGUGUACUUUCACUUGAGUCAGAGUACAUAAGUAUUUGGAUUACCACAAUUUUAAAGUCACAGUCCACGAUGAGUAAAGGCCUGUGCCUUCGGUAAUACGAUAGUGUUACAUACCAGGCUCCUUUUACGGUAAAUCUCUCCCCCUUGUGGAAAUUCUCCAUCAAAAUUACAUUUUAAUGGAACCGCAAAACACGUAAAUGGAAUGAAAUCAGAUAAAACCCCAUUUUGAGAAUUUCUUAUUUCGAAAAACGUGUUUCUGAGAAAAUGAUGGUGUCUGGAGACAUUUUGAGGCCUUGCUGGUGUGUGAUGUAACCAUUUUUUAUGGCAACUAUUAUUAUGGAUUAUUGAGCCUCGCCAACUUUAUUUAGUAUACACGUGUUGGAUUUUUACAUACUUUCCUAUGUCAAUCGGGUUCUUUUGUAUUUUAUAUUCUUCUUCACCUACUGGUGUGUCUCCUAUUAUUUUAUGUGUGUAUUUGUACAGGGAGAGUUGCGUCAAGUCAUCUCGAGUUUGUAUUUUAUGAAUCGUAAGGGCCAAAGCCGUUUGUUGCUAUGAUACUGAUUUAGGUAGAAUUUCAAAAUAUUUCCCAACAAAGUUUUGUUUGUAAUGUACUGUCAGAUGGUUGCAUAAUUAAACAAUCCAAUUCACUUGGAAGGUGCUUGUCUCAGAGACAUUUUUAUUAACAAGCACGUUACUGACAAAAUAAAAUAAAAACACUUGUAUUGACAGUGUCAGCAACUAUUGUCCUCUUGUUUGCUAUUAUCAUAACUGGCCACCACUAAGACGCCCUGGCGCUCAGACUGGGUAUGAAAGGGAAAAGCCGCUAGAUAUGAUCAACCCGCCGGUGUAAAAGCCAAAAUUCAAUUGGAUAUGAAGAUGUUGGUUAAAGGGAAAUUCUUGCUUAUUUUUUUAAAAUUUACAAUUAAAAAGAGAUCUGUCUGUAGACACAGUUACAUGAUUUUUCAUUCAUUUUUUUCCAGUUGAAGCAUGGCACCAAAGGGAUGUUUUUGUUUUAAACUGAUACCUGUGAAUUAUUGUUCAUCUGUGACAAUUAUUGUUCAUCUGUGACAGCAGUGCCUUAAGUCGGACUUCUUCCAUUUAAAAGAUGAUGUAUAAACUGCAACAGGAACUACUGUGGUUCUCUAAAUAACAUCUUUAGAAAAUGUCUUUGCGAACCUGGACUGUGGCGGAGGUGUAUGUGCCAAGAUGAGUUAUAACCAAUAAGGCCAAUGUUGUUCUGCGGUGAAAUCUUACAUAUCCAAUCUAAUUAAAACACUUUUGGUAUAUGAGCAUAUUAAAGUUAAAAGAGAAGCUUGAUACCACUCUCAUAUACAUUAAAUUACUUAUUUAACUGUUAGCUAGCACCAGUUGGCUAUCUUAGCUUAAAACAUGGCCGCUCUUAAAGGGACAGUUCUCCCAAAAAACAAAACAACAUGUUGUCCCCUUAUACCUGUGGUGCUGUGUGUUGUCAGUUUUAGUCUAAAGGGACGGUAGGGGGCUAAGUUUCCGGUGCUCAAAGCCAAAAAAAAACAACACAUUUGAAAUUUUUGUGAGCAGUUUCAUGUAGGAACAAUUCAAUUUCUACAGAAACUCACACCAAACAUUUUCAAUUGAAAAAUAGCACUACAGCUAAGAGGAAACAAAUAUAUUUUGAUUCUGGGGGUGAAACUGUGACUGUGAGUUCUGACAGACACUGUGGUAUUGAAUUGACUCACCUCACCUCAUCCCUGCAGUCCUGGUUGACUCGUAAUACAAGGCAGUUACAGCAAUUCCAAUUGCUGUUAUUUUCUGUGCUUUCUACAUAUAUGUGUAUAUAUAUAUAUAUAUAAACAUUGUGUAGCACUCCGGACUCGGGGGAACUUUGACCGUGCUGGCACACUGUGCUUUUAUUUUCUUAGUGUCGGGGCGUACAGAGCAUGCCACUUCCUGCGUAGCUGCAAAAUGGCUCCAGAUUUCAAGGCCUCCAGUUUGUUCAAAAAGAAAACAAUGCGUGCGACCUCACAGAUAUAUGUAAUCCAGCUAUGCAAAAAAAAAGUAGUUUAUUAACUAUUGAUAUCAUGACCUUUCAAAAUUCAACCACUGCAGUAAAAAGGAUGCUUCCCAAUGUUCUUGUGUUCCUCUCAUUGUUGUGCUAAAGUGUGUUGAAAGUGAAGUGUCAUUCGAGGAUUAAACAAAUAUAUCGGCCCCUUAAAUGAACCUUUUUUUGGAAUUUUUGUUCAUGUUAAAUUGCACAGUUUAUGCCACACAUGCCAAGCUGUGACUUCAAAGGCUUCUGCGUGAUGCUUUUGACACUGAUCCUAUUUGGGGGGGGCACUUGAUUCGCCUCACCUGUGACAGGUGAGCAGCCUGUUUGAAGCAAAGUGUUUAACCUCUCAUCCUCUGCUGUUUUAAGUGAGUGGACAAAGUUCUGGUGCAACAUUCAUGCUUUGUGAACUCUGAAAAAUCUCAAGGUCUUAAAGAAAAGCUUUGCCGAGCGCUCCCCAUAUUUCCAGUGACUACGGGCGCUAGAUUACCCAGCUUCCUUCAAAGAUGGUAAUCCCCUUGUAGAGCUCCAUUCAGCUACAUAUAUGUCUGCACUAGAUGAAUGUAUGUAUUUAUGUCUCGGCAUCUCUCUGAUAUUCUCUGUACAUGUCUGUUUGUUUUUUUAUGGCAAACCGUAGUGUUACUUUUGCAAAAUUAAAGUUCUGAAGAUGAAAAUUGUGAAUAAACCAGCUUUUGUGUUCACGGUCCUGCAUGGGAUUGUGGACAUGCUGGACUGGACUUGAGUGUGA